GGGCUUGGCUCGCUCCAGGGGCACAGGAGGGACUUCUGGCCAGGACAGUGACCCGCUGCAUUGCCUCUCCCCAUGGAAGAAAUUGAAGCCAGAGAAGCCUGCGACUGGCUGAGAGCUGCUGGAUUUCCCCAGUAUGCUCAGCUGUUUGAAGAUAUGCAGUUUCCCAUUGAUGUAAAAACUGUGAGGAGAGAUCAUGAAUUUUUAGAUGGAGAUGCAAUUGAAUCACUGUUCAGAAGGUUGAACACAUUGAACAAGUAUGCAUCAAUGAAAGUGGAAAUAAGCCGUGAUAGGAAACGGAGUGACGACUCUGAGGAUGAUGAGCCUUGUGCAAUAAGUGACAGAUGGGCUUAUGAGAGGUGCAGCCAGCGCUGGUCUCGCAUUGACAGCCUGCCAGCUUUUCCAGCAGAGGAAGGUGCUGCUGCCUCCACCCCAGGCAGCCCAGUACUGAAGAUCAUCAACAGCCAGGACAGUGUCUUUCUGGAUCGUGGUGAGAAGCAUGAUGUGUCCUCAAUUCACAGCACCAGCAGUGCUGACAGUGACAUUGCUAACUCCCAAAAACCUUUUGAAGAUGUGGAAAACAGCACGAGUUCCUCAAGGUGUUCCUCAGUUAAGGUGCCUUCACUGGACUCUGCUUUUAGUUGUUCUCCUCCCCCCAGUGAAUUUUUAAAUAUCACUAGUGAGGAGAAGCUUUUGGAUAAGUCACCAUCUAAAAAGAGGAAGAGCCUUCUAAAGAAAAUGGAGAAGCUGCACUUAAGGAGCUGCAAUUUAAGGAGUGGUCAGACAAAGGCCAGACCCAUAAUAAGUGAACCUGUUCUUCUGGAAGGACUUAAUGAAGAAAAGAUGAAGAUGCUGAACUGUGUAAAUAUUUCUGACCUCUCUGGCAUCCAAACAAAGAACAAUUCUUCCUUUUCUCCCCAGAGCUGCAAUAGCAGCAAUCAGUCUGUAAAUAGCAGCACAGGGAGCACUCCAAGUCCUGUUAUAAAACCAGGCAGCCCCUGUGAAGGAAGGGGGAUGUAUGCAGAGCACAUGGACUCCAGUAAGCUGGGCAAUGAUCUAUCCCAGCAAAACCUAAAAAAUGACAUGACAUUACAAAAGAACCAGAUGUUUCACAUCCCACAAGGCCAUAAACCUGGCACCUUCCCCACAGUACUUACAGACAGCUCCCUGUCUCCAGCAGACAGCUCUGUCAGCUGGAGAACUGGGAGUUUCCACGGGUGCAGGAGGAGCCAGAGCAGCAGCGGUUCCAAGGAUGCCAGAGCCCCCAGGAGCCCCCAGUCAGGCAGAGACAACAGGCUGAGUGUGUAUGACAACCUGCCCAGCAGUGACCUGCUGAGCCUGCAGGCAGCACCAGCCGGGGACGACGAUGUCUUUUCAGAGCUGAACAGCGUCAUCGCAGAUGUCAAUGGUCUCAAAAAGCUGGUUGAUCAGUGGACAGAGAAGUUCUCAGAUGAUGGGGAUCCUGACUUUGCCAGUGACUUGACCUCUUUGUAUCCACCCUCCCCUAAAGAAAGCUCUCUUGGAACAGAGGGCGCAGAAGAUCAGGCAGCAGGGGAGGCUGAGGGAGAGAGCAGCUGUGGCCUGGGCAAGGACAUUGGUUCUGCAGACCUGGCAUACAUCACAGACUCUAAAAAGACCAACAGGCAUGGGAAGCAAGAGUGGUGUGUGGAAGAGAGUGUGAACCUGGAAAGCCUUUCCCUCCAGACUGAAGGCCAGUCAGCUGCCCAGCUGGCCCGCACACAAAAGCUGGCACUGUUGAAACUCACAGCUUUAAUGGACAGAUAUUCCCCUUCCAGUAAGCAGGGCUGGAACUGGACCAUACCAAAGUUCAUUAAAAAACCAAAAGCCUCAGACUACAAGGACAAAAAUGUGUUUGGGGUUCCUUUGCUUCUGAAUGUGCAGCGAACAAGCCACCCCCUGCCCAAUGGCAUCCUGCAAGCCCUGGAGUAUCUGAGAAGUCACUUUCUUGACCAGGUUGGCUUGUUCCGAAAAUCCGGUGUUAAAUCCAGGAUUCUGUCUUUAAGAGAAAUGAAUGAAACCAACCCAAACAACGUGUGUUACGAAGGGCAGUCAGCCUUUGACGUGGCAGAUAUGGUGAAGCAGUAUUUCCGAGACCUUCCUGAGCCUAUAUUUACCAGCAGGCUCUGUGAGUCCUUCCUCCACAUCUACCAAUAUGUGCCCAAGGACCAGCAGUUUCAGGCUGUCCAGGCUGCUAUUCUCCUUCUCCCAAAGGAAAACAGAGAAGCUCUGAAAAUUCUCCUGUUCUUCCUGCGAGAUGUGGUGGCUUUUGUUGAGGAAAACCAGAUGACCCCAACCAACAUUGCUGUCUGUCUUGCACCUUCUUUGUUUCACCUCAACACCCUGAGGCGGGACAGUUCCUCCUCCUCAACCAGAUCCAGUCAGAGGAAGUGCAGCUUGGGGAAGCCAGACCAGAGGGAGCUGAAUGAGAACCUGGCAGCAACGCAGGGCUUGGCCCACAUGAUAACGGAGUGCAACAGGCUCUUCCAGGUGGAACUGCUGCCUGCCUCCCCCCACCAUCACAGAUGACAUCAAAGGCUGGGUGACUUGCUUAUACCUGGCACCUAAGGGAACGGCUACAUCCUCUGCACAGGCUUAAUCCCCAGGAUGUCGAAUCCUUUGGCCAUGACGGUGGCAGUGGCUUCACACAGCAACAACCUCCACAUGUUCACCUUCACGAUCUGGCCUGGAAAACACAGACAGAGGAGCUGGAGUAGCUGCUUAGAACAACAGUACCUUCCCUAGGGAAAGCCCCUCUGCUCAAAACCAGGCCCUGGACUGGCACAUGGGACGCUUCCUGCUCUCCCCAAGCCAGGCACACUGACCACCCCUCCUGUUUCCAGGUGCCUGGCUGCUCCCAACUCUACUUAACGUUCCUGCUCAGUGACAACAUGGGCUCUGCCAGUGUCUGUCAAUCCUCCCACAUGGACACAGCAGUGUGACAACUCCCUUUCCAACACAGGGUAACACCCUGGAUGGAUGUACCACAGGAUGUGACAUGGGCCCCCGCAGCACCCUAUGGCAAACACUCACCAGUCUGCCUGUCCUUCUCAACACAGUAGCAGCUGUCAUAGAACUCAGUGAAGGUGGUGGCCAACUCAUACAGGUAGUCACAGAGUGUGUGCAGUAACAAGUCCUCCAGGAUCUUCUGCAGGAUCUCAGGAAACCUCAGGAUGCACUUGCCCAGUUUCCACUCCUUCUCAUGGUCGAGGACAAGCACCUCCUCCCUGGCUGCCUUCCGCAGCAUCUGCUCAUCGAUAUUGGCCAGGCGAGCAAUUGCCCUGGAAUGGUCCAGAACAGAGUCUGCUUGUGAGGGUCCCACUGCCCAGCCUGCCCAGGGCCAGCCUGGUAGCCUGGCUCAGGGCUGGUGGCCUCCCUUGCACAGUCCUGGGUGACCAGCCCAAAGAGGACAGACAGCCCUCGGGGAGAUCCAGGAGGGCACUGCAGAGGAACAGGGAGGGAUGGGGUCUAGGCACCUGCAUCAGCAAGGACCACUGAUACUGCCAAGCAAACCAGGGCUCAGGGUGCCAGAAAAACUGGGGUGUGGCAAUACCUGAGCUGAGCAGCUGCUGGAACCAAAUGCAUCCUUUUCCAGCCACCAAUCCUCUGCUUACCAGGAACUCCCACAGCUUCCCCCCAUGGGCUGUGUCACAGAGGAGCCGUUUCAGGUGGCACUGGAUACAUCGUGUGCCAUGACAAAUAAAAUCUUGUCUGUGGUGCAUCCCAGUGUAGCUGGCUUCUCUUACCAAACACCCCCAACAGCACUGAUGUGACUGUCACCCCUUUGCUCACAUGCCCCUUUGUGACACAGAUGCAGAGAGCAUGAGCACCAAGUCCUGCAGCUCCCUGCAUCCCACGCACCUGAUCCGUGUGAAGGCAUAGAGCAGAUAGGCAGCUGUGUUCCCUCGGUCAUCCAGCAUCUUGUCAAAGGAGAACACAUAAUCAUUGAGUCUGUUGUGGGAGAGAUCUGCAUAUUUAAUGCAUCCAAAUGCCACCGACGUCUGGGCAGCUUUCAGCUCUUCUGGUGUCAGCACCUGGUACAAUUUCCAAACAGGCAACAGUCAAGAGGAAGAACAAAGCACAAUGCACAGCCCUGGCCUCUCAGCAGGACUCAGGAGGAAAGCCCAGGCUGCUGAGGGGAUUUACCCACCUGGUGCUCAGUUCACACACACCUUUCUGCUUUAGGGCACCAGACAACCCCACACCCACCCCUCACCUCUCCUGCAAUUCACUGGCACCACAGCCCUGCCCAGGUUAGGGCUGACUCCCUCUUCUGACAUCCCACAGGACCUCUGUGCCCUCCAACCUGCCAGGUGUGUUGUGCUCUGCUCCAGCUUCUUACAAACUACAUGCACACGGAACAGAUGUUAGUCCUCCUAGCCUUAUAGAGCAUUUUGGUCAAGCCCAACACUUGCAAACCCCAGUCUGCUGGAACAGUGGCAGUACAGCAAAGCACUUUGUGCCUGACUCCUAUGAGCUCUUUAGAGAGUUUCAAGGUGUUUUUUUUUCCUUGCUUCCUCAUGUUCCUGUUCAAAAAGGGACUUUUCACUUUCACCCUACACUACACUUCCCAGUUCCACUGCCCCACACUGUGCUUGGACAGAGUUUGGUCCUUCCGUUACAUUCCAUGUCCCACACUGUUCAGUUCUCUGCAGGCCAUCAAGAAGGAAGACAGAUAGAAAUCUCAUUCAGCAAUGCAGAGAGCAUAACUCUAUGAACAUAUCUGGGAAGUUCUCAGGAAAGACAAGCAAUCUGUCACAACUACCUUGUCCCGUUCCUUGUCUUUCAGCUUGUCCAUGGCUCGUUUCAGCCCUUCCUCCAGCAGGUCUAUGAGACGCACCGUGUCCCCUGAACGAGUUUUGAACUUCUUCCUGAAAAUACACAGCCAAAAUGAUCACCUGCAUAAGAUGCAAAACACUUCCACCCUCUGCCUAGUCUCCAGCAAGCUUAGGAAAAAAUCAUAUGGCAAAUCCUUUUGUAUUGAAGAAACUGCCAUCACGUGGACAGCUCCAAAACUGAGAGAGCACCCAUAGCAUGGUCAGCAGGAAUGGCCAGGAAGGAUUCAAGUCAGAACUGUCCAGUUCCAGACAUUAAGCAGCACACAAUACCACACAAUACAGACUUUUCCCAACUUUUAUUUCAUCUAGCAUGAAGGAGGUAGAAAGUAAUGAAAAUUGUAGCCUUUACCACUUCCACCUCCCAGUACCACAUUAGCUUCCACUAGCCAAUCCAAGUGCCCCUCCCCAAAUGCCAGGCAGCAGAAGCCAGGCUCGAGAGGGAAUGUGGCCACAGCAGCAGGGACAGUGUGGAUCAAGGGCAAUGACACAGAACAGUGACAUAGUUAGGGGUUUGCUUUCUUUUGGGGGUUUUUUGGUGCCACAUACAUAGUUGUCAAUGAAUGAGAGUAAGUCUUCUGCAUUCACUCGAACUUUCUCUCCAAGGCACAGACAGAUGAAAAAGUACACCCAGCCACUUACUUGUCUUCUCCCAGCACCACUCCAAAGGCAGCAUGGGCCACUCUGGUGACUUUGGGAUCGUACCAGCCAAUCAUCUGUCCAGCUGCAAAUAUUGUUUGUAAAUGCACAGACUGCAAGGAAAUAAACACCAACAACUGGUUCUCA